AUGAGCGCCAAGGAUCCAGGAAGUCCGCUGUUGCCCGGCGAGCAAGGCAGCUGCUUCGUGAUCGCCAACGACGAAAGAGUGGUCCUACACAUCGGUGCCCACAGCACAGUGGCACUUGGGCCGUCUGCGCACCAGAUCCAGAAAGUGAGGAAGAAAGCAGCCAGAACAUUUGAAGAGGCGUUCUCAUCUUCAGAUUGUGUGCAGGUCGUAGCCCAGAAAUGUAAGAGACGGAGUUCCUCGGAGAGCACCUCUUGUGGGUCCCUGGUGGACGACUCUUGCGAGAAGCCGGACUCCUCCGACCUGUCCCGCUCGAUUUCGCCGGCGUGA